AUGCUGCUGCCGAUGCUGCAGCAGCAGCAGCAGCAGCAGCAGCAAGCAGCAAUGGCUGCGGGCGAGUCCACCCUGUGGACGGCCGCGCAGUUCCCCCCCCAGCAGCAGCAGCAGCAGCAGCAGCAGCAGCAGCAGCAGCGGGAGCUGCCUGCAGCAGCAACUCCCUUCUCGCAGCUGCUGCGGGACUUGUGUGCUUCUUCGGAACUUGUCAGCAGCAGCAAACUGCUGUUUUUGUUGACUUUAAAAACAAUCCUCAGCAACUUGAACAAGCCGCAGCAGCAGCAGCAGCAGCAGCACAGAGUCCUCCGCAGCAGCAACCAAACCCUCAAGACCAAGUUGCUGCGCAUUGCUGCUGGCAAGGAGGCCCUCAAACUCAUAGGCUUCCAGCCCACAACAGCAGCAGCAGCAGCAGCAGCAGCAGGAACAGCAGCAGCAGCAGCAGCAGCAGGAGCGGCCGCAGCAGCGCCGGAAGGCACUACUGCAGCAGCAGCGCCAGCAGCAGCAGCAGCAGCAGCAGCAGCAGAUGAUGGCGAGGAGUGGUUUGUCUUCACUCUGUAUGACACACUAGACGAAGCAGAAGUGCAGCAGCAGCUGCAGCAGAAGCUAAAUGAGUUGGAGGCUUUUAUUGCUGCUGUUUCUCCUCCAGCUGCUGCUGCUGCUCCACCUGCAGCAGCAGCAGCAGCAGCAGCAGCAGCACCCCAAGCCGCCGUCUCUCCAGCAGCAUCGCAAGCAGCAGCGGCAAUCGCAGCCAUGCUGCAGCAGCCGCAGCAGCAGCAGCAGCAGCAGCAGCAGCAGCAGCAAAGCCCGCAGCAACGCUUCCAGUUUCAGAUGCAGCAGCUAGAGGCCAUGGGCUUUACAGACAGAGACAGAAAUAUUGCGGCCUUGGAGGCAGCAAACGGCAACAUCAACGCAGCCAUCGACAGGCUAGUGCAGUAG